GUACCAAAACAACACAUAGCCCUUUUUCUGAAGAGAGAAGAGAAUUUCACCAAAUCCAGGGACUCUCUCUGAAGAAUAUGGGUUUGAUGGAGUGCAAUGUAGAGAACAACAACAAGAAUCUAUACCUUCAUGCUCCAACUUUCAUUGAGUGGCUCAAACCAUGUUCUUCCCCUCCUUCAUAUCUAAAUUCCAACACCACAAUACUAUCAUCAUCUUCUUCUCCUUCUUAUUCUUCUUCUUAUUCCACUACUCACAACAAUGAGUUUGCUCGAGAAAAAACCAUCCAAUUCCUUCCCAUUUUGAGUGACAAGGCCUCAAGAGAUGAUGAGAUGGAGGUGAAGAAAGAGGAAAAGGUUGAACAAGUGACUGUGGCUUUGCACAUUGGAUUGCCUGAGACUAAAGGGCAUCGUGAUGAUGAUGAUGAGAAGAAGAUGAUUUUCCAUGUUAAGGAAGAAGAAGAAUCCUCAAAGAGAAGCUUAUUCCAUGGAUGCUCCUUCAACCAAGAGAGAAGGUUUUGGAUUCCAACUCCUGCACAGAUCCUUGUUGGCCCCAUGCAGUUUGCUUGCUCCAUAUGUAGCAAGACCUUCAAUAGGUAUAACAACAUGCAGAUGCAUAUGUGGGGGCAUGGAUCAGAAUAUAGGAAAGGACCAGACUCACUGAAAGGAACACAACCAGCUGCAAUGUUAAGGUUACCAUGUUACUGCUGUGCUCAGGGUUGCAAGAACAACAUCAAUCAUCCAAGAGCUAAGCCAUUGAAGGACUUUAGAACCCUCCAAACUCAUUACAAAAGAAAGCAUGGCACAAAGCCAUUCAUGUGCAGAAAAUGUGGCAAAACAUUUGCAGUCAAAGGGGAUUGGAGGACUCAUGAGAAGAACUGUGGCAAGUUGUGGUAUUGUACUUGUGGCUCAGACUUCAAGCACAAAAGAUCCCUUAAGGAUCAUAUUAGGUCCUUUGGAAAGGGACAUAACCCUCACCCUCCCUUUGAAGCUUUUGAGGAUGAGAAGGAAUGCAUUACUGGGUCUGAUGAAGAUGAAGUUAAUAAUGCUCAUCAUACAUGAACAUGAUCUAACAUUCUAUAGCUUAAUUUCCUUAAUCAUGAAGAUAUAGUAGUAGCAAAGUUUUAAAUUGCAGCUGCAGUUGCAAUAUGAAAUUGCAGACAAAUGAGCCUGAUGCAGCUGCAAUUAAAACUUUGAGUAAUAGUAAUAGUAGUCAUAGUAAUAGAGUUUGAUCACUACGCUAGUGCUCAGUAACAAAAAAUUCUUAACAACUGCUGAGGCGUGAACACUCAGGGAAAGGUUUGCUACCGAGCACUAUUGCAUGGUGGUGAUGAGCUAUGAUCAUAGAGGUUUGGACUAGUUUUGCUUUUGCUUAAUUAAUAAGAUGGUUGCCUCAAGUGAUGAAGCAGAUGAAUUUUCUUCAUGUAGCAACAUGCAGAGAGUAGUGUUGUAUCAUGCUCAGUUAUUUGUAACCUCUUCAAUGGAGGAAAUUUAUCCGCUUCAUUACUAAAUGGUAAACCUCAUUCAAGGACUUUAUAGUAUAUGUAAAGUCUUUGUUAAUUAAAUCUUUGUGAUGCUUUGAUGUGAAUUUAAUUUGCUGCUAUAUAUGGAUAACCAACGUGUGCUAGACU